AUGAAGAGAGAAUCUGAAGACUUGCCUCUUUGUAGCCCUUGCCGAGGAAUCUAUGUACUAGAUCGUGCAUUGUUGGAAGUUGAUCUUUGGGUGAAAAAGGAAGAGGAGGGAUCAACCGAUGAACGGUUACUUUCUGAGUAUGUUGAGAUUUGCUUGCGCUCCAGUUUCAAUAAGAUGCGCACGGGGCGGAUUCACAGAGAAGAUGCAAUCUUGGAUAUGGACUUUAUGUUCCUUUCAGAGAGUGUUGAGGCAGUUAUAGAGGUGUUCACAGGUGUUGACAGUCCUCAGCACGUGAGAUUCAUUGCUUCCAGCAGUUAUUUUGAUAAGGAGAUUUUGCUUUUCGAGGGGAAAUGUUUUCAGGGCAAGCUCUUUACGCAUGUGGUUGCAGUGACGGUAGAAGAAAAACUGAGUAUUCGCUUGGAAUGGGAAAAUCCACAUUUGGAGUGGACCUUUCAGGAUGGAGUUGUUGGAGCUUUAAGUUAUCCUGAUGAUGACUCGGUUCCAUUUUAUGUGAGGGUGUUCUUUGCUCCAAAGAACCUGGGACGCGGACCAUCAAGAUACGACGCUUUGGAAGAAGAGGUGUAA